AUGGAAAAGCCUCAUUUAGCCAAGAUAACUAGGCCUAUGAUGAGUUUCUUUGGACAAUUGACAGUGAUGAUGGGUUUGCGAUUGCUCUUGAUCAGAAAAGAUAGUAGAUACCUAUUGGCUGGUGCACUAUUCCCAGCUUUGAUGACACUCAUUGCCACUGGAUUGAGCAGAGGAAUUCAAAAUACUAUUCCAAGCACUGCUGUCGUCUCCGCCAUACCUAUUGUCGCUUCGGAUUUUUCUCAAGGAAGCGCUUCUUCCCUUCUCGGCAUCGUUGCAGACUCGUCAAGUCUGAGCAAACUCAACAUCAUCACAAGCCCAGUCACCUCCUACCUGAUGGCUCUCGGCGCUCCCUCCAACUUAACGGUUGUCUCGUUUGAUUCUAUAUCUGCAUAUGCUUCGAAUGUAACUUCGGGAUACAAGUCAUCGACGUCUGGCACUGUUUCGCCUGGUGGCUUUUAUUUGGAUGGAGAUGCUACUUCAGUGAUAUACUCGCAGUCUGCUAGCUCCUCCAUUUUACCGAUACUCGUGUCUGCUUCUAGUAUCGCAGCACAAGCUGCCGCAAAUGAUACUUCGCCACUAUAUACCCGUGCAGCAUUGAGCACCCUCCCUGCGUCGACCAAAGCUUCUGACGUAUCUGCUGGAAUCCUGCCCAGUUUCAUUGUAUACGGACUGAGUUUCACGAUGCCGUUCGUUGCUGGAGUUCUCGUAGACGAAAUUGAAAUGGGAAUGCAGCAACAGCUUACAACCGCUGGAUUACCAUUGUCCAUAUACUUUGUAUCGGCAUUCUUGGUUGACGGACUGGUAUACGUGUUUGGAGUAUUUGUGAUUCUGAUCGUGAUAAGGGCAUUCGCUCUGCCGGCGUUUAUGGCUACCAGUUUUCUUGCGUGGUUUCUGCCGAUGCUAUGUGCAGGUCCAGCACUCAUCUGGUUGGCGUAUAUCGUUUCGUUCUUUUUCAAAAAAUCAGCAACAGUUGCUCCGUUUCUCUCCAUUAGUAUGGCCAUCUUUAUCUUCAUUCCAUAUUUCAUCGUUUACUUUUUCGAAAACAACAUUAUUGAUCCAUCAACAGUUUUUGGCCUGACUAUCGUCAUUCCGACUUUUGGACUUUAUCGAGCUAUUGAUGAAAUCGCAGGAACAGCCAAAUCAAACCCGUAUACAAUAUCCGACUGUUUCAAUGCAAGCCGUCUCGUGCUCCCAGUAUGCCUCAUCCUCUUACUAGACGCCUUGAUUUAUGCUGGAAUCGUGGCCCUCUUAUCACACUUACGGGCUACAGGCCAAACAUUGCGCCAAUUCCUGUUUCUUGCAGCCAAACCAAAAGUCCAGCAUGGUGAUAUGGAGGACUAUAAAGCUGAUCAGCUGGAGUCGGAUGUGGCUGCUGAACGAAGCCGGUUGCUUCAGGGACAGGAUGUAGCUUCGGAUGCCAUACGAGUGCUGGGACUUUGUAAAGAGUUUCCUUCGACUACAGUUGAUGAAGUUAGUGGGAGGAAGGUUGCCACGAUUCUUAAGAAUUUGUAUAUGUCUGUCAGACGGGGGGAGACUUUUGCGUAUUUGGGUAUUAAUGGAGCAGGAAAAUCCACCACAAUCAAAAUCCUAACCAACUUGCUUCCACCCACAUCCGGAAUGGCUACAGUGGGACCGUAUACUGCCAUACCAUUCGACAAACGCAUUCCCGCAAUCAUUGGAGUUACCCAACAGCAAGAUAUAUUAUGGAAAAACUUGACUGGACGUGAACAUUUCAUGCUGUAUUCGAGACUCAAGGGUCUUUCUACACAAGAAGCACGACUAGAUGUAGAGACUACCAUUCAAAAUGUCGGGUUGAGUGAACCUGAUAAACGAUCAAAGCAAUUGAGUGGUGGUAAUAAACGAAAGAUAUCUGUUGGAUGUGCUUUGGUUGGAAGGCCGGAGAUUCUUUUCUUGGAUGAGCCAACGACUGGAAUGGAUGUUGAAGUCAGGCAAACGAUUUGGGCUACCAUAAACGAUCUGAAAGAGAGAGGAGCUACGAUUGUUAUUACCACACACAGCAUGGAAGAAGCCGACGCACUAGCUUCCCGAAUCGGCAUCCUCGCAAACGGCCACCUAGCAGCCCUCGGCACUCCCCAACAUCUCAAGAACCUGUACGGCCAGGGCUACAAAAUCACCGUCCAAACCACAUCCCCAGAAUCCGCUAAAGCGCUCCCACAAGCCAUGUCCCCAAAGCUGAAUCUCAAGGUAGCUCAAAUCAUUGGUAAAACGGUACAGUUUGAGAUGCCGUUGGCAUCUGAUACCGCCAGUCCUGAGGCGUUAAGUCAAUUGUCUGAGGUCUUUGAGGCGUUUGAGGAUGCCAAAUUGGGGUUUGGUGUGACGGAUUAUAGUAUUGCCCAGAAUACGUUGGCGCAUGUGUUUAUGUCGUUGGUUAAUCAGACGAGAAAGAAGUGA